GCCUUCUCUGUUCUAAACCUCCGACUCCCCUCCCAGCUCCGGCGCUGUGCAGACCGGUAGGGCGCAGCAGCCUACAAGCCCUUAUCUCCGACAUAGGCCCUCCGUUUUCCGAUCUCCGGCAGCCAGCAAGCCCUCUACUUCAUUUAGGUGUAUGUGAUGUAAGAUGAGGCAAAAAGAGUAUUUUUAUUCAACCAAAAUACAAAAUCAUUCCCAUUUGUGGAGCUUUUUGUUAGAAAAUUUAUUAGAGGCCCAAAAUGGCCGAAACUAUGACAUUCAUGUUCACUGCCAUUCUACAGCUCUACUCCUCGUCCUAAUGUUUCCCUCUAAAAGCUUAAACCCCUCUCCUCUUCCCAUUUCUGCAAUUAAUAUAACACCAAAAGAACUAAAUUUUUAAUCAUCCUCAUAGAGUUUCAUACAAAUGCUAACAAGUUCAAGAAUGAAAAUGCUUAUGAAUGCAACAGCGCCCAAGUUCAAAUUUCAGGAACCCAUUUUCAGACCUCUUCUAAGCCCUAACCGUGUUCAAACUGUAAAACCAUGGAUCACUAUUUCUUCAUAUGGGUAUUUAGCAAUGUUGAAUUGCAAUCGAGUUCGGAGCUUGAAAACCCAGUCAGUGCAGAUGGUUUCUGGAGAGUUUCCUACAAUUCUGGGAACUAUGUUUGCUGGAAAAGCCACCACUGUUCUUAAGAGGAUACAGUCUGAUAGAAGCAAAAGCAGGACUCUGAGCAAAAUCUCUAUGUUCAAAUCCAAAACCCGAAGGCUUCUUCACUCCAUUGAUGCACAACAUGGUUUGUUCUUAGCAUCCCCAUUUACAUCUAUUGCUGCUGAGACUACAACAAAGCACCAUGUGUAUGAGCAGAUAGCCCAUCUCCCACAAACAUCAACCCCACAGUUCCCGCACUUCGUGGAUCCAAGGUUUUACCUCUCUUCACUUGUGAACUGUAAAAGUGUUUCUGAAAUCAAACGGGUUCAUGCCCAAAUAGCAGUCAAUGGUCUUCUUGAUAACCUUCUUGUUGCUAACAAGCUUCUUUAUACGUACACCACACAUAAGGUUAUUUCUGAUGCUUAUGCUUUGUUUGGUGGAUUGAGUGAAAGAGAUCCUGUUUCUUGGAGUGUUAUGGUUGGUGGGUUUGCUAAAGUUGAUGACUUUAUCAGUUGUUUUAGGACUUUUAAGGACUAUCUGAGAUCCGGGGACCAGCCUGAUAGUUAUACUUUGCCUUUUGUCAUAAGGGCUUGUAGGGAUAGAAUGAACCUUCAAAUGGGUAAAUUGAUUCAUAAUGUGGUUUGUAAAUACGGGUUGCAAUCAGAUCCUUUUGUGGCUGCAGCUCUUGCGGAUAUGUAUGCAAGAUGUAAGGUUAUCGGUGAUGCCAAGCAAGUCUUUCACAGAAUGCCCAACAGGGAUGUUGUGACUUGGACAGUCAUGAUUGGAGCGUUUACUGACUGUGGGGAUCCAUACGAGGCUCUGGUUCUCUUUGAUCAGAUGAGAGAGGAAGGGGUUUUUCCUGAUAAAGUUGCCAUGGUAAACGUUGUAAACGCGUGUGCAAAAUUAGGGGCAAUGCAGAAAGCAAGGCUUAUCCAUGAAUAUAUUCUGAGAAACAAUUUCACACUGAAUGUGAUACUGGGAACAGCCAUGAUUGAUAUGUACGCUAAGUGUGGAAACCUUGAUUCUGCAAGGGAGAUAUUUGAUUGUAUGAGAGUAAAGAAUGUUAUAACUUGGAGCGCAAUGAUUGGGGCUUAUGGUUAUAAUGGACAGGGCAAGAAAGCUCUCGACUUGUUCGCUCUAAUGCUGCAGAAUAGGAUACAACCUAACAGGAUCACAUUCGUGUCACUCUUGUAUGCUUGCAGUCACUCCAGGCUGGUCGAAGAUGCACAAAAGCUCUUCCGAUCGAUGGAGGGAGAGUAUGGCGUAACGCCAGAUGUGAAGCAUUAUACUUGUAUGGUCGAUGUCUUAGGCCGAGCGGGAAGAUUUGAAGAAGCACAGAGUUUGAUUCAGAACAUGACGGUUGAAAAGGAUGAAGGUCUCUGGGGAGCAUUGCUGGGAGCCUGCAGGAUUCAUGGCAGAGUAGAACUUGCAGAAAUGGCAGCAGAUUCACUCCUCGAAUUGCAGCCUCAGAAUCCCGGGCACUAUAUACUGCUCGCCAACAUUUACGCCAAAGCUGGAAGAUGGCAAGACGUCGCCAAGAUCCGGGAGCUAAUGACACAUCAGAGCCUGAAGAAAACGCCCGGCUGGACAUGGAUCGAAGUGGACAACAACAUCCAUCGCUUCAGCGUUGCAGAUCACACCCACCCUUCCUCGAAGGAGAUUUAUCAGAAGCUGAGUCAUCUGCGCGGGGAACUCGAGCUUGCUGGAUACGUUCCCGAUACAGAUUUCGUGCUGCACGACGUUGAUGAGGAACUCAAGCUGGAAAGCAUAUACGCUCACAGCGAGAAGCUUGCCAUUGCAUUCGGCCUCAUCGCCACACCAGAGGGAACCUCCAUUAGUGUCAUCAAGAACCUCAGAGUCUGCGGCGACUGUCACACGUUUAUUAAAUUCGUGUCUCUGGUUACGAGCAGGACGAUUGUUGUGCGCGAUGCAAAUCGGUUCCACCAUUUCGGAUCUGGUGCUUGUUCUUGUGGAGAUUAUUGGUGAGUUAUACUGCAUUCAGUACUUUCAUAAUGUGAAUCUCCAUACCCAGUUUUUGCUGGUUCACUGCAGAGUGACAGAAUGUACUUGUGUCAAUUUCCUCAGAUAUUACUAUUCUUGAAACAUGAAAAUGAGAUGGUUCCAAGUUCCAACAGAGAAUGUAUACAAUUAACAAUAAUAAAAUAUAGGAAAAUUUCA